AUGUUGCUGAACAAUAGUUUUCCUCCGCUCAUCGUUUUACACAUUUUCACAAUUUUUGCAAAUCUAGAAUUGUUGAUCACCGACGAAACGAUUCUCAUAUCAGCCGCCAUUUUUUUGAUCAUCAUGCCCAUUUUUUCGCAAAGACGGUUAGUUUUUCAACAUUUUCUUAUUGUGAGCCAAAAUUUAUUAUAAAUAAUCUUUGAUUUUUCACUGGAUUCACCGGGAUUAAUUAAAACAUCAUAGUGUUUCAGUUUUUCUCGUCGUUUCAUUUGUUUCUUAUCAAAUAUUGAACAAAAUCUAGAUUUUAUUUCAUUUUCAAUAUAAAAUCUAUUUUUUUUUGAAAUGUUAUCCAUCAUUUUUUGUGAGCUUUUUUUUAUUUUGAAAAGGUCAACAUUUUUUGACGAUUUGAUCUGAUUGAUCUAACUGAAAUUAAUUUCAAAUUUUCAAGGUUGGUCUGGAAAAUUUGUAGAUGUUUUUUGCUUGGGAAAUCCUAAUUAAUUUUAAAUCAAAAAAUGUCAUUUCAAAUUGCCACGUCCUAAUUUCACUUUUUCUCACGUAUUUAUUCACUUUGUGAAAGUUACAUUUUUUGGAUUACUGUAGCCAAGUUUUAUUUUUAAAGCGUUUUUUGGCAACAUUUUUAAAGGGUAAUCUUGAAAAUACGAUGCCUGAGGGUUUUAUUUUUUCUGAAAAUAAUUUUUGAUUUCAAUUCUGCCAUAUAAACUACUUCAGAAAAAUUCCUCCAACUGCCACGUCAUAGUUCAUAUCUAACUGAUAUUGAAUAUUACACAAUUUUUUGACGAAUUUUUCGAUCGAGUCCCAAUUUUUCUAGAAAUUGAUAAAAGAUUUUUUCAAAUUUUCAGUGAAACUUUUUGAGAAUAAAUUUUUCUCAAGCCGAAUAUUGUUGUAAUUAAAUUGAAUAUUUCAGAUACGAGGACGGUAUGAACGGCGUUGCGCGCCGAAAACAAUUCAAACUUCGCCCGUGGCAAUCAACCGCCUCACCACUACGAAAUGAUUUUUACUGGUUAGUUUUUUUGUUUUUUUUUUUGGGCAAAAAUACAAAAAUACAGAUUUAUUAUUGUCAGUCAGUAAGUUUGCUAAUCCUAUUUCCUUAUCAGCUUAUUUUUAUUUAUUUUUUGUUGUAAUUUUUUUGUGGUCGAAAGAAAAACCAGUGUCUGGUUCUAAUUAACUUCACUUACAUUAGAAUGUAUAGAAAAAAUAGAGGCAAAAAAAUCAUUUUCUUCUCGGAAAAAUUGGUUCACACGCCCUUUUGCACCUGCUCCUCCUCUCUUUUUUCCUCGUUUUUUUUGCUCUGAGCUCGGAGCAUUUGGAGCAAGAAGAAUUUCAGCUGGGAAAACGAUUUUAUUUUGUUUUUUCACUUGUUUUUUCCUCCCUCAGACAUUUUUUUGAGCCAGUUACAGAAACUUCUUUGAUCCCUUCGUUUUCUGAAAUUCUAUUUUUCCAUUUCGAAGAAAAGGCCCUAAAAUUUACGAGUUUCUAUAAAUUCUAUUUAUGCCUGCCACUUUUCUUCGUCUUCUUCUUCUUUUUUUCCCGAAAUAUUCUCAAGUUCCGGAAGUUUUUGCACUUGAAAACCACUACCUUUUUCUGACUUUUUUGUUGGCUUUUUAUCGAUUUCCUGUCAUUUAUUUUGGGUUAAGUUUUUUUUGUCUGAAAAUGAAGUGUCUAGGGAAUUUUAGUUGGGUCGUUAGUUGCUUGAAAUUUUUUGAGUCUUCAGAAAAACUCUUCUGAAAACUUUUUUUUGGGAAAUAAAUAGGUUUACAAUUUUUGAACUGCACGAAACUCAUCUGAGUGUUAUGAAAAAGUUUUAUAAGCAUCUCUCUGAAAUUGCCACGUGGCAAAGUGCUUUGGUUACGCGAAAAAUAAUAUGCUACGUGGUAGUAAUUGACUAAAGUUUUAUGUUGAAAAUAGAAUUUCUGAAAAAAAAUCUGAAAAUUGCUACGUGGCAUAAAUUUUUUUCAAAAAAUCUAUAGUUUGGAUUACGUUAUCAGACAAUUUUCAGAAAUUGGUCCAAUUUAGAAUUUUACUCAAAAGACCUGGACUGAUUUCCCUUCCGAUUCAACAAGUCCCAAAAUUGUUCUUCUUCCCUCGUCCCACUUCAAAAUGUCCCUCCCAACCCGAAAACAAAAUCACGGGACCAAAAAGAGGUCGUAAAAAUGUCUAAUCCCCGGCGUCAGUCAGUCAGCAACAAAUUCUUGUGUGGUGUUGCGACCAAGAAAAAAGUGUUCAUCAUUUUUCGCUCGUUUCAUUUUUUCGUGUGUGUAUAUGUGCUUCCAAAGCAGCAAAAUCUUCCGUUUUUUCCUCGCCUCGUCAAAUUUAUUUAACACAAAUCCAGCACCAAAAAACAGCUUUCUUUGAAAAUUUAUCCCACAUUCUUUGAGCAACUCAGAAAGAAAACUUUUUUCGGUUUUGUGAGAAGCUGAGCUGAGCUGAGAUGAUGAGAUGGGGCGGAAUAAAUUUAUCUAAAGCCUGGUAUCGGGUCGCCACAAAAUCCAAUUAGUUUUUUUUUUGAGAAAAGGGAUUUUUGUGCACUUUUUCUAAACCCUUCUUAUUUUUUUCGAACUGAAAAUAAAAAUAAAAAGCUGUUUUUCUUCAAGUCAGCUUCUGUCAGAAGAUAAAAUUUAUCUGUUUAUUUUCGAACUUUUUAUAUUUUUUCGAAAAAAAUAAAUGAAAUAAAAAUAAUAAAUAUUUCAUUGAGGAAACCAGUUUUCAGUUUUUCGAAUCAAAAUCAUAUGAUUUUCUUAUUUUUAGAAAAAGAGUUUUCAUGGCCUAAAAAGGUCACGAGAAAGAAAUUUGAUCUUCAAGAAAUGAGGAUAUCGGAUUCUGAUUGCUCAUUUCAUUUUUUGGCACAUUUUUCUCCAAACAUGAAUUAUUGACGAAAAAAGCUUUAUUAUUCUUUUUUCUCUGUCUGUUUUUAAGUGACUGAUGUUAUUUUAUUUUUCAGCAAAAAAAUUCUAUGUGUGUCAUGUACACUGAGAAAAAAGAAGAUAAUCUUUUUUGGGCGGCUGAAUUAUUAGUCAUUUUUGAAAAAUUUCCAGACAAAUUACAGUAUGAUUUCUUCUCAAUAUUUGUCCGGAUAUUGCACAUUUCGAGCACUCAAACCCAAACCCAAAAUGACAUUUUUCAAGUGUUUCAAAAUUGUUUUGUCAAGUGUUUCUUUUUUUCUUCAAUCAUCUUCAAAUUCCAGAUUAACAUACAUACAUUUCUUAUUUUUUUUCUCAAAAAAAAGAACAAAAAACUGGUAUUUCUUUUUCGCCCCACAAUUUUUUUGUCGCCUUGUUUUUAAGAUGUCAUUUCACUCACUUCCGGUGUGUCUGUGACGUUUUUGAACCAUUUUUCGAUGCUUCCAAAUAUUUCUUUGACUUUGUGUAGUAUCUGUGGGCUUCUGAAGUUAUUUAAAAAAUUUUCAAAAAAAUUGAACAUUUUUAAAAAGUUUUUUGAAACAUAUUUUCGCCACGUUGUUUUUUGUUAAAGAAACUAAAAUUUCAAAAUAUUUAUUUUCCUGGAAUUAUGCCACGUGGCAAAUUUUGCUCCUCCAAAUUCAUUUUCAAUCACCAUAGUUUCCAAGUUAUAAUAUUCUAGAAAAUGUCACGUGCACAUCUUGGGCCAGAGUAAAAUUUGGAAAAAACCCUAAUUGUAAUUUUUUUAAAGUUUGAAAGUAACUGCUUUUUGGCAUUUAUACUUUGAAAGCGGUGACCACUUGAGAACUGGGCUUUCUAGGCUUGGCUACUUGACAUCGAAAGUUUUAAGAAGCGGCCCCUUGUUAUAUUGAAACUCGGGUCCUAGACAAUUAGGUUUUCUACGCUCUAUUUGUCACAAUACUUCAAAUGGCCUUUGAUGAAUUUUCAUUCAGAAAAAUGUAUCAAAAUUUGCAUUUUUCCCAAGAAUAUCGAAAUUUGCAUAUGUAUUCCGCCACGUGGCAAAAACUGAUGUAUUAUUUUUUCAAAAACAUUUUUUACCAGAUAUUUCACGCGGCAAAAAAUAUCCUUUAUCACCGAAAAUUUUUUAGCCUAGAAAAAAUACGUUUCAUAAAUUAUUCUUUUUUUUAUUCUCUUUAAUCUUGUUUAAAUUGUCAUUCGUUCGUCAACCAAAAAAACCCACGAAUUCUAGUAGCCUCAAUCUGUGCUCAAACUUUGAGAACACACUUUCAAACUGCCAACCACUGCUUACGAUUCGACACGCGGUGUUUCGUUUCAAAUUCACGACGAAGAUAUGACAUCGAGAAGACAUACUGUUUGGUUUGUGCCUGGAUCAAGAAGGUUUGUUUUUGUUUGAAUUUUGAAUCUAAGUUUGAUUUGAAUAAGUUUUGUAGAGAACUUUGGAGGGGUUCUUGCGGGAGAUUGGCUUUUGGAGUUGGAGUUUUCUUCAGACAUUAUUUUCGUAAGACCAAAAAUGUUUUUGUUAGAAACAUUUCUGAAAUGGAUAUUUUUUUCAAAUUUUGAAUCAGAUUCUCAAAUUUAUUUAUUUUUUUGGAAUUCAAAUUGUUCAAUUAUCAGAAUUAAAAAAAAUUUUUCAGAAUUUCGGACUCAAUAAAACGUUUUAAAAUUCUGAAAUCUACUGUAUGUUUUUCAGAAAAACGUUCAGCCAGCUGAUUUUUUCAACAGCCUGAUUUUUCUAAAAGUCUUUUGACAUUAUUUGUCCUAUUCCAAAUCAAUUUUUUUCUAAUAGAAGGUCAAAUUCAAAUUCAAAUGUUCUCCAACUGGUCCUCCUCUCCAAAAAUCAAUCAACCAUAAACCACUCAAAGAAAAAGUUGAAGUGUGAUUUCUUCCCCCUUCCUGCUCCCUCUGAUCUCAAUUUCAAUCCUUCUGAUUAUUAUCUAUUCAUCCCUAUGCUUCUGGCUGAAAAUAUAUGUACAUAUAUAGAAAUGAGAACCUGAAAAACACAAAUUUCUUCUGAAUCGAGUUUCCAUGACAAUCCUAGAUACAAAAAACAGCUCCAAUUUUUCCUUUUUUUUUUUGAUAAAUCGGAUUAAAGGACACAUUUUUUAUUUCCGUUUUUUCAUUCGUUGAGAAAAAAAAGAGGAAUUUCAGAAUUUUUAUGUGUGUGAAAGUCUCGAGCUUUAUGGUUUCCAAAUUUUUUUAGUAGUAGUUUUUUUUUUGUUCGCACCUCUCUUCUUCUCAAAUUGAAUUGAAUUGAAUUGAGCGAGAGAAAAAGAGAGUUGUGUGUGUGUAUGUGUCGAUUUUUUUUCUUCCCGAAAGCUUGUGUAAAACGGCCUCUCGUUGUCUUGCUUGGACCAUCGAUGAAAAGGGCGGAGCUUUGAGAAAAGAAAUAAAGAGAGAGAGAGAGAGAAAGAGGGUCAAUUUUUUUUCCCAAGCUAUUUUUCCCAAAUUUUUUUCCCAAGUUGAUUUUUCAUUUUCCCAAGUUUUAUUUUUCCCAAAUUUUUUUUCCCAAGUUAUUUUUUCAUUUUCCCAAGUUUUUUUCCCAAUUUUUAGUUUUUUUCCCAAAUUUUCGGAUCGCAUGAAAUUGGUUCGUUUUUUAAGAACAUCAGGGAUUUUGAUUCUCUAUAUGAGGAUCUCGAAAUUUUAUAAAAUAGAAGGGUCCGUCAAAAAUAGCUACUAGAAAAAUGAGAGUUUUUCUUGUGUAAAGUGUGGUGUGUUUUUUUCAAUUUUCGGCGAGUCUGUAUGUUUCCAGGAGGGUUCACUAAGCCUAAGCCUAGAAAGAAUAAUAGAAAAAUUAAAAAAUCUUACUUUUGGCUUCUCAACUUCAGAAUUAGGCUUAGGCUUAGUUAAACGCCCAGAAAACUGAAUGUUGGUUUAUUUUUUACAGUCGGCCUCUCAAAAUAUCAGUCUGAAUCUGCUGUUUUCGUUCCGACAAACUUGUGAAAAAUCACAAUGUUCAUUCCAAAAACAAAAUUUUUUUUUCGACUAAUUUUAGCAUUUUCGCAUUUAGGAAUUGCAUAACUUCAGGUUAUGACCGGGAGAAGCUGAUAUGUGGGAUCAGUACUCAAUUGGCUUUGAAAAAUAGGGAAUACCGGAAAAAAAACUUGAAGAAUUGGGUAAAAAACGACAAUUUGGGAAAAAAAGAAAAAUUGGGAAAAAAACUUGGGAAAAACAAAAACUUACUUGUGAAAAAAUUUGGGAAAAAUAAAACUUGGGAAAAUGAAAAAUCAACUUGGGAAAAAAAUUUGGGAAAAAUAGCUUGGGAAAAAAAAUUGACCAGAAAGAGAGAGUUAGAGAUAACACAAGAAAUAAAAAGAGUUAGAAGAGAGUCGUGGUGUUGUGCUCUUCUUGUUGUUGUUGCUCUUGCUCUUGUCAUCUUCGGAUGCCAAGAAGACGUGAUGGAAGGUUCGGUUUAUCGAGCCUUCGACGCGAAUUGCACCUUCAUAACUUUUUUCGAUCAUCACCAUCUUCUAGUUCUUCUGGUCUAGCUAAUACUUCUUCUACUGACAAUAAUAAAUCUGUAUUGGUGCCUUCUGGUGUCACCAACAACAAAUUGGGCAAGUUUAGUGGUGCAACAUCGUCGGAUGGAAGUGGCGCAGCGAUGCAUUUAACGCCGUCGGUGAGUUCGGCGACGGCGACAACACAUGCGCGACGCGAAUCAUUUUUGUAUCGAGGAGCUGAUGAUUUGAGAGAUUCGGCGAUUUUGGCCACUGCUGGAUUGAGGCCUGUUAGUCGAGCAUCGAGUAUUGCAUCGAAUGAGCAUGGGUGAGUUUUUUUUUUCCAAUUAUUUAUCUUUUUUUUUAGUUUUCUGUUUUGAAUGUAGUGGGUGAGGGAUUUUUGUUGUAGAAUUAUAUUUGGUAGAUUGUGAAAUUCAAAAUCUUUUACGUGAUCCAAGAAUUUGGUAAAAAUAUUUCCGAAAACUUUUGGUUUCAAUUUUCAAUAAUUUCAAAAGCCUGAUUCAAAUUAUUCAGAAAACAUCUGGGACCUCUUCGGUCGAAAUUGUUUUGAAUCGGGAAUUUUUUAUCACAUUAUUUUUGUGUUAACUUUUUGAUCCGAAAUUUUAAACUCUAGUUUAAAUUAUCUCAAAAUCCAGGUUUAUCAGCCUCAAAAUUUUUGAUCAAAUUUUUUUCCUAAAAAAACCUCUAUCGCUUUGUUUUUAAGUUCCUCACUGAUUUUUACCUCGUUUUUGUUUCCAAAAAUUUUUCACCAAAAUAAUAACCGAAAUUCAUAUUUUCUCCAAAAACACAAAGAAAUCUCAUGAAUUCUUGAUUCGAUUCUUCUUUUUUCUUUCGUUUUUUCCUGUUUUUCUUCCUCUGCUCAAAAAAACCCACAUUUUCCAACCAAAAAAAACUUUUUGCAUUUUUUUCUCAUGCGGAUUUUUCGAAUGACUACUGACUUCCUAAACAAAUUUCAUUUCGAAAAAAAAUGAAACUAUGUUAAAAAAGGUGUCCUUUUCUCUGCUCCCUCUCAAUUUUUCCACUUUCGGGCAAAAAAACGGAAAAUAUGAGCCCCUUGAGAAGAACUGGCUCAUGCAACAACACAACACACCAAAAAAAUCGAGAGAGAGAAAGAGUGAGAGAGUUUAGAGAUGUUAGAGAAGGGAAAAAUGACGUUUUACGGCUAGAAGACGAUGUAGAAAAAAAGAAGAAAUCACUCCUUUUUCUGACAAAUGACACAUGAGUAUAUGGCAAAAAAAAGAAGAAGAAAAUUGAGGGAAAAAAACGACGAAAAAAAUGAGUAGAAAUAAUUAGGACGAAAAUAAAAGGAUUAUGAGCAACAACGAGUUGUUGUUUUUUUCGCCGGAAAUUUGAGGGACUUUUUUAGGGAAAAAGAAAUAAGAGGGUUUAUGAGCUGGAACUACUGAACUUUUGGAAUUUCAGUUCAAAUUAAUUACGGGAUUUUUAUGGUUUCUGAUGUUGAAGCUCAAAAGAUUCUCAUGGUUUUCUUGAAGUUUUGUGCCGAAUAAAUUUCCGCCAGAAUUUUUGAAACAUUUGUUCUUUGAGAUUUGCUAGAUUUUCAGAAAACAUCUCUAGAGUUUUCAAUUAAUUCUAACCACAAAAGGUUUUUCCAGACUUCUUGAAAUUGUGAACGUGACUUUCAACCUUGAAAAAUAAGCUAGAUUUCUCAAAAACAAAUUCAAUUUUAGGAAUUUAUUCCGUUAAAAUUUUUCUCAAGUUAAAAAAAUUUUAAAGUCUUUGAUCUCUUCUGAAUUUUGUAAAUGAAAUUUUCAUCCCACGCUUCGAAAAUAUUUACUUGUUGCUCAUGUUAAUUGUGUUUUCCAAUUUCAAAAAUUGAACUUUCUCAUUAUUGAUUGUUCCGAAAUUUCUUGACCUCCUAUCAAGAUUUUUGCUCGUUUUGAAAACGUAUCAAAUUUCCCUUCUUUUUUCUUCUUUUUCAUCAUUUCUCAGUUCAAAACACACUCACUCACGAGAAAAAAAUGAAAAAAAAACCCAAUUAAAAUAUUUCUUCUAUUUAACAAAAAUUUUCUCUCCCAAGAACAAAAAUAUGUUAUACAUACAACACAUACACAUAGUUUUUUUCGUCCUGAUUGACGUCACUGAGGUCCAGGUCCAAUCGAAAAUAUAUCAAUAUCUGGCUGGGCACACAGUGUAACACUAGAUUUUUCUCUUUCAUCUCAAAAUGAAUGAAGAUAGAAAAAAAUGAGAGAGAGAACCCCAUAAAUGUUGCAAUUUUGUGUCGUGUUGAGUGAGCUCAGCCAAUUUUUUCGCUGUUGUUGUUGGCACAAAAAAUGAGCAGAGAUUUUCAUCAUGGAAAACUAAGGGAUUCGGAAAUUCAGAAUUUGGGAAUUAAUUUUUUAUAAGAAAAAAUUACAAUUAAUAUUUAAUAUUCUGUUCUGAACAAGGUAGAUCAAAAAUUAUAAAAGUUUUUUGUGCUUCUUCUUUUUUUUUACCUCAUCCAAGAAAAAAACAGUUGUUCAAUCAAUUUAUAUUUAUAUAAGUUGAUAUCUUCUAUCUUUUUCUAUCAACCAACACAAAAAUAAAUAUUGGAAGGGGUUCCUGAAAACUUUUUUUUGUUUUGUUCUCCAAAAAUUAAAUUAAAACGAAGAACAUUUUUUAUCACACUUUUUUCUACAUAAUGUCAUGAACAAAUUCAUGUUAUCAGUUCGAUUUUUGUGUGCUCCGAGAGCAGACCAACAAAAGUUUCUAUUUGCAAGCAAAUUUUUCGCAUUUAUUCACUCAUUCUAUAGAAAAAUAUUGGAAUUAUGAUUGUGACAACUCCGACUUCGCAGCAUUUUAGAUCGAUAUUUUUUGUUGAUGACACCGUGAUGUGAGUUGGAAAUUUUUUUAGUUGAGAAAAAAGUAAUUUUAGAUAUUACGUGGCAAAUGUUAUAAAUGUUUUUUGUCAUUAAAAAACUUGAAAAUUUUUAUAAGUAUCUCUGAAUUUUUUUUUGCAAAAAAAUUCACUAAAUUUGAUAUUUAAAAAUUUUGGAAUCCGACAAAACUAUAGAGCAUUCUUAAUAUCGUAAUAUUUUGAAACAGUGAAUGUUUUCUUUCAAAAAAUGUUUGUUGAAAUUUUUAAAAACUGGUUGAACUUAAAUUCUAGAAAAUUGCAGUCUUGAAAAUUGUAGUGCAAUUUCAGUUACGUGAAAAAAUAUAUCCUUCGAAAAUAAAUAAUUUAUGAAAGUUCAAAAAACUUGAAAAAAACACUAUAUUUUUUGAAUGACGUGUCUGAUUUCAAAAAAGUAUUUGAUGAUGAUCUCCUUUUUCUACAGUACUCUCUAUCAUUCAAAGAUUUUCUGACCUUUUGCAAUUUUUCCUUUUUUCUUUUUCUUUUUUUGCUGCCAUUUGACCGACUUCCGGUCAUUUUUUGUAUUAUCAACACAUACAUCUCUAGUCGCUUUUCCUUGUCGCUGCUAUCAUUGUUUUUUUUGCAAAAAAGAAAGAACUGCGCAAUUUUUCAUAUCAAACGAUCAUUUUCUAGCCCUAUAAACCUAUAUUUUUACCUAUAUUUUAUUUUCUAACCAAUUUUUCAACAAAAUAAUGAACCCAUCAUCGUCCGGGUAAGCAUUAUUUAUUUUUAAUUAAUUCCGAACCUAUUGUUCCUCUUUUUCAUUUUGAAAUUCAACUUUUUUGAGCGGAGAACCUUUGGUAUUUUUAUCAUGUGUUAAUCACAUGCAAUAUUUUUCUUUUGUGUUUCAAUGAGGUUUUGACAACAAAAAAGCUUGUAUUUUUUUGGGGCGAUGGAAUUAUUUUUCCUAGAAAAAUAUGAAAUUGACUGACUGCCAGGUGAAAUUCAAUUAUUGGAAAUAUUUUUAUUUUGCGGUUUUUAGUUUUUCUAAGAGCCUAGAGCUUAUGUUUUAGUUUGCAUGCAAAAGAAUUUUUCAUCUUGACAAUUUUGAAAUUUAUUCUAAUUUUAAUUUUGAAAAUUUGCUGUUUCAAAAAUUUUGUACUAUAAAAAGUUUUAUCUGAUAAAUUUCAAUUGUUAAGUUGAUUUUGAAUGUCAAAAUUAUAAAUUUAAUAAAAUCAACUUUAGAUUUAGAUUUUCUGGAAACCCAACGGUAAAUUUUCAUCAUUGACAUCAGAGAAAAAACUUUUAAAAAUAUUAAAAUUUCAUUUGCAAUGGGGAAAUUUUAAUUUCUCCAGCAAUUUUCGCUGCCUAAUCUCCAAGAAAGCAGGUUUCUUUCUUGAAAAAAUAUUGGAAAUUUAAAUGAAGGUUCGUUAGAUUUUAGAACUUCUUUUUCAAUAAAAUUAUUCAAAUUCAGAUUUAAGAAAACUCGGGUACAAUUGAAAAUAAAUUUAAAAAAUUCCAGAUUUUUUAAAAUCAAAAAUUAUUUUCAAAAAUCUGAAACUUCAUCAAUUUUCUCUGAAUUUUUUCUAAAAAACGUUGUGUUUAUCUGUGUCUUUCGGGAUAAAAAGUGAUUAGCCUCUUUAAAAUGCAAAAACAAUAAUAAUAAUAAUAUCUUCCGAAAUCCUACUUCUUUCUUCGUUUUUCAUUUUUUUUGCUUUUUUCUCGAAAACACAUUGAUUAGCAGCUUCUUCUUCUUCGUUCGUUCGUUCUUACAUUUAGUCUCGCCCCUUUUUCGUCUUUUUGUCUUUUUCCACUCUUUUUUCCUUGAUGUGUUCCUUUUUUUGCCAUCCAUCUAUCCAUCAUCAAGUAUUAUUCCUCGUUUUUCUAAAUUUUUCCAAAACAAAAAAAAACAACAAUAAUUAAAAGUCUUUUGGUUUUCUCAAGAUUUUUAGUUGUCUGUUGGUUGUUUUUUUGGAAAAACUUAGUCUAAUUCAAUUAGCCUAACUUAGUUAUGGAUAAUAAUGAUGUGAUAAAUGAGAAUCUACCAAUUCCACAACAUCGACAUCCAAGUGACACACCUUCUUGUUUUGGCUCAUUUAAAAGCCUGUUUUUUCGAGCAAAAUCUGGGAAUAAGUGAGUUUUUCUGGUUUGAUUUGGCCAAUUUUUAGAUUCGAAAAAUAUUUUUAUUAGGAUAAAUAAUCUAAGGAAAUAAUAUAUUCAAAAAAAAUGAAUGAGAAAAUGAGAGUGAGAACUGAGAUUGAAAGAUCACUGAAAGAUUUAUUUGGAUGUAGUUUGGUGGAGAGUGCCACGUGGCAUUUUGUAGUUUACUAUUUUUCUAGAAAUCACGUGUUAUUGAAGCUGAAUUGAAAUUUGAUCCAAAAAAAACUGGAAAUAUUUAUCGAAGGCUAAAAUUCAAAAAAAAAAUCUGUUAUUAAAAUUUUCAAAGAUUUAUUUUUUUGAAAUAUGAGUUCACAUUUGAAGCCAAGUUUUUUCGAGACAUUUUUAAAAGUAAAUUGCUUUUUUUCUCAAAAGUUCUAUGUUUUUUGAAGAUUUAUUUCAAAACAAAAUUUUAAAAAUUUCCUAAUGUUCCUUAAAGAAAAUGUCUAUAUCAGUUCUGAAAAUUAUUUCAUCUCAACUUCAAAUUUUUUUUUCAGAAAUCUAUUUCAUCUGAAAGUCAUAUUUCUCUAAAAUCCGAAAUAACUCUAAAAAAUAUUUUCCUGAUCCACAUUCUCCAAAAAUUAAAGGGGAUUUUUUGAAUGAAUCAAAAAACAUAUCGUGUUCACCGCUCCUCACACAAAAAACCACACACUUCUUCGUAUUUAUUUACUAUGUUGGUGCGAACCAGUUCAGUUCAAUUCAAUUCAAUUCAAAAAUCCGUUUUUCUUCAAAAAGCAAACACACAAAAAAUCUGACCUCGAUUAUUUGUCAACCUGUAUAUACAUAUACAAAUAAAAAUAUAAUAUUUUAUAUUGAUAUAUUCAAAAAGCCGUGUGUCGCGUCGCCGUCGCCGCGUCGCACAACAAUUCAAUCAAAAAACUACGUCACACAGUAUACACAUUGAUAUUUCACGUAACUUUGUUGUGUUUUCCCUUCUUCUCUUUCUUCUUCACUCAUUUUUCGCGCCCCGCCGGUAAAUAAACCACCGACACCCGAACGAACUCUUCUUACUUCUUUCUUUUUUUCUCACACAACCGUGUGUGACGCGUUUUUUCUGGUUGUCAUUUGCAAGUUCAAGAAAAUUGAGAAAAUUCAAUCCGCCAACUUUUUUUCCGCCGAUUUUUGGGUCACUGAAACGGUCAGAAAAUCGUCGAGAAGGUUCGUAUCAUUUUUUUAUUAUUAAGGGAAGAAGGGAUACUGUAGAUCUGGUCUUGAAAUUUUUUUUUUUUUUAACCUUCGGAAAUUGUGCCACGUGGAAUUCAGUUGUACUUGUAUUUAUCUUGUUUGAACAAAUGCCACGUGGCUUUUGGUUUUUUUUUUCAAUUGUUCUCUGGACUUCGUGUAGUACUGUAAUUUUGAAUAGUUUUUUUUUUUGAAAAAAAAAACUUUUUUUUUACUAAUCCUAUAUUUCUGAACUUUUUUUUUUGUUGAAAAAAAUUGGAUUUUGUUUUUUUUUCUGGAAAAAGAUUAGAAAAUACUGAUUUUCUGAAUAUUCGGAAGGUGUCACGUGGCUUUUUCGAAAUUUGUUGUUUUUUCAAUUAUUUGAACAUGAAUAACAUUGUUUUCACUGGAGUUAGAAUUUUUGAAGGCCACGUGGCAUUUUAAAAAUUAAAAAAUGUUGUGUAGUUUCUUUCAGAAAAAAUAGGUUAAAAAAUUGAUCUGUUUAAAUAUGAAUAAUUUUUAUUCAAAAAAAUCAUAUAAUCAGAAUUCUUGUUCAAGAACUACAUAGUUUGAACAUAAUUCAGCUUGUAUCUGAUUCUCAAGUAAAAUUCCCCUAAUUCUAUCCCCAACUAUUUUUUUCAACAAUCAAUAAAUUCUCCCCCAGACAUUUUCCAACAAAAAAACUCUUUCCAAUCCUGUUGUCAACAACCCAUCCAAACUGAUUUGUUUUUCCCAUGUCACCUCAAAUCUGCACUUUUUCCUCCCAACUCAACUCAUUCAUUCAUUCAUUUAUAUAGCUAUGUAAACCAUGAAUAAAAAAGUGCAUAGACGAUUUCCUGUGACUCCGGAAAUUGUUGAGUUUUUUUUGUUGAGAACCAAAAAAUGCUCUUUUUUCGUCGGAGCUCAUUUUGAUUUGGCUCAGCAGUUUGAGCUUAUAAGCUGAUGUGAGCUGAAAUCUUGUCUGAAAAUCUAUGAGAAUAAUAUUCAUCCCCCAGAAGAAGCUCCAAGGGAGAAGGGGAUAAUAAAAUCUCGCGCAGAACACAAAGAGAAAAAAAAAUUGUGGGCGGGGCUCUCGUGUUUUUGCCUCACUUUUUCUUCUUCUUUUUUUUUUCGUUGCACAACACACAACAACUCAUCUCUUCUAUUCUAUUCUAUUUUAUUCUAUUCUUUUUUCCAACCACAAAAAAUAGUUUUUAUUUUCUGUCACCAAAUACUUUUGGAACAAAACUAACAUAAAAUGUCGAUUCCACUAUCUUCGAAUAAUAAUAAUCAUCGAAGUAGUGUUCGUAGGAAAUUUGGCGAAUCUGGAUAUAAUAUUAGGUCUGAUUGAUUAAUUGAUUUAGAGGGAGGGGGAGCAAUAUUUUGAACUGGAAAACGGGGAGAAUCAGUUGAAAAUAUGAAUCUGAAAAUUGUUUUUUGCAGACACGGCGACGAUUUGAUUGUUACACCGUUUGCACAAUUAUUAGCCAGUUUGCGAAACGUGCGAUCAAAUCUGAUUUCGAUAUCGAAUAUUCAGGUAGGCAAUUUCUUGAUUGAGGGUCUUCAAGGCUUUGGGUGGGUUCCAAUAGAGUUAUCAAGAAAAAUUUAUGUUUUAUGGGUUUUUAAAAUAAUACAUGGUUCUGAGGGUCACACAGCUAAUUUGGGAAAUCACAGGGCUUUUCAGAAAACGUAGGGUUUUGAGAACAAUACAGAUUGACUUGCCAUUACUAUCUUUUCAAACAUUUUUUUCUGGUAGACACUGUUUUUUUCUGAACUUCUCCCCAUUUAAACCUUGAACUUCUUCAAACCCCAUAUGAUCGUAUUUUUUCCGAACACAAUUUUUUCUGCAAAAAAUUUGCAUAUCGAUUUUGAUUUUGAAUAUUAUAAUUCAAUAUUGUAGUUUGUUUCACCGAGCUGUUUUCUCUUUUUCCGAUCAGAGCAGCACGGAAAAAAUAACAAAAUUAGACGGCAAUUGAAAUUCUUCUCAUAUUUCCUUCCUCAAUUUUUUUCCAUGAAAAUAAACAAUUUUUUUUCUUUUUCGACAUCUGGAGGACCCCCUAAUCUAUUUUGAAAUACGAGAACAAGUUCCACAUCUAUCUCCAGAUGUGAUGAAAAAAAAGUCGCUGAAAAAAAGCCUGUCGCUAUUCAUUUGCAUCAUUACUAGCCUAGCAUAGUCAAGGCAAGGCUGUAAACAAGCAAAAGCAAAAAAAACAUAUAUAGAUUCUGAAAAAAAUAAUUAGCACAUAUAUACAUACAGGUUCCUUUUUUCCUCAUUUUUCCAGUUCACUGAUUCUAGUUCGAUUUGAAAAUAAGAGAAAAACAUGGUGGAUAUGAGUUUUUGUGUAUAUUGCAACUUUUUCUCGUGCUCUCUCUCUUGAGAUGAAAAAAAAUGGAGCAAAAUACGAGGAAUUCUUUUUUUGAAGAAUGGUCUCGAGGGGAACAACGGGGUUUUUGGACCAAGCAAGAAAAUGUGAAAAUAUUUUGGAAGAAAAAUGAGCCGUAAAAUUAUCUGGAUCGAUUUUAGAAGAAAAAACUGAAGAAUUAAAAUUGAAUUCUCACGUUAGGAUGACACGUGGCAAUUUUGAAUUUUCAGAAAAUCUUUGAACUGAAGAAUUAACUUUUUCCAAGUCCAACAUAAGUUCGAAAUCUCAAAAUAAAGUUGGAAACCCAUGUGGCCAAUAUUCUGAUUCUCACUUUUAGCGCUAAAAAUUCCGUAAAAUUUGGAAUUCAAACUCCUCAACUCUACCUGAAAUCUCAAGGUUAAAAAAUUAAUUUUUUAUUCCAACUCCAAUUGUAUUUUUUUAGAACAGCGACGAUAGUCGUCAUGCGAAUCGAAGCGCAAAACGGCCUCCAUUGCACAAUACUCCGCUACCUGAAAAUGUUGUACAAUGUGCACACGAGACAUUGGGUAAGUUCUUCUGAAAACAAUUAUGACGUUUUUAUUUUUUAUUUUCCAAUACUUUUCUCACUUUUAAUGGAGUUUUCGUGAUUUAAAAGUUUUUCCUAUAAAUACCCACGCAAAAUCCAUAUUUUUCCAUUUCAUUUUUCUUUUUCUCAUUUUUCGAAAAAAAAUUCUGUAGACUAACGAAAAAAAUAAAUUUUGUAUCUGGUUUCUAAUAGAAACCGACGCUAAAAACAAAUUUUUUUCGUUUUGGUUUUUUUUCGACAAAAAAUUUCGGGGGACUUUUUUUCUCAAAAAAAAACGAAAGAAAACUUUUUGCCCAAACAAAAAUCAUGUGAAUUGAUACAAAAAUCGUGAGGAAUUGAAUUGAAAUGUAUUUAUAUUUAUUCAAUGCAAAAUCAAUACAAAAAGUGUUACUUUACUUUCAAUUUGUUGUUUUUUUUGCAGAAGAACUCGAUUGGUGUCUCGAUCAAUUAGAAACAAUUCAAACGCAUCGAUCGGUUUCGGAAAUGGCCAGUUCAAAGGUGAGUUAGGCUAACAAACAAAAAAAAAUGUGAGUGAAUCUGGGAGUUGUGAGCAAAAAUCAAAUGUGUUUCCAUCUUGGCCAUCUGAUCUUUUUCUUAGAAUCUAGAAUUUCAUAUAAAAAAUAGCUGCUUGAAAAUAACUUCUUCAAAGAGUUCUUUUGAACUUUUUCCCAUCCUGGAAAGAAAAUCAAUAAGAGCCUCAGAUGGUUAAGAAAAUUUGAUUUCGUCUAUGUCUUCCUAGGAAAUUCGUUUAUGUGCACUUUUCUCUUUCCAGAAAAUAAAAGGAAUUCGGCUAAAGAAUGAAUACGUGGGGAAAUGAAGGCAGGUGAAAAAACAUGUCUGAAAUAAUUUAGUUUUACCCCAAAAAUUAUUUUGGCUUCGCUUGAUAAAUAUCGUAAGAAGUUAAGUUAUCUUAUCUUUUUUGACGAGGCAAAGUUUUUGAAAAACAAAAUCAUAAAUCAAGUCAAUUUUCAAAAAUCACUUUAAAUUUAGAAUUAUUGAAUUUAAUUUUAAGUUUAAAUUUGAAUUUGUGGAUUCCAAAAAAAAAUUGUUGGAAUCGUGCCAGGAAUCGAGGCCACUGUAAUUCAUCAUCAAAUUAUAUAGAGACAUAAUGAUAAGAUAGGCUUUUUCUCUCUUCUUUCAAUUCGUGGGUUUUGCAAAGCGGUCUUUUAUUGUAUCAACUAUAUAACUUCCGGUGACUGCGCGAUGUAGAUACAAUAAGUGUCAUCAUUUGUUAUAGACAUUAUGAGUGAGUGAUUCGAUAUCAGAAGAAGAAUUGAAAAAAAACGAGAAGAUAGAGGGGUUAGAGAAAAUAUGGCGGAGAGAAGAGAGGACAGUUUUUUGAAAUUUGUUGAAACGAGACGCGUUCUGGUUUUUGUUGGUUUUUUCUCGCUGUUUCGCGUAAAGAACAUGAUGAGUACUGUAGAUCAGAUGAUUGUUGUUCGGUGUAGACCGUGUAGCAGCGAAAUAGUGUUCACUUCUCAAAAAGUUUCAUUUCUGAAGUACACCUUCGUUAGAUUCUCUUAAAUUUGGAUCUCAUUCUUAAAAUCACUUCUGAGCAGUUAGGAUUACUCAUGUUAAACAUUUAGGAUUUUCAGAAUAGGAUAAAGUCGUCAUAAUUUAAUCCCCAAGGAUUUUCAGAUUUUAAAAUGCAAAUGUUUCUUGGGAUUUUUCUAAUCAGAUUAUGAUUACUCAUAUUAAACUUUUGAAACGUUGAACUAAACAUUGUAGAAAUUUAGUGAUUUUAAGAUGAAAAUCCAGGGCGCAGAAUCCACGUGGAAAUAUUUUUUCUGGAAAAUCAAACAUUUCCUGUUUCAAUUAAUUAAUCAAUGGAGCCGACAAAGUUUACUGUAGUCGUUUUUUCUUCCACGGUUCCAAAAAUUUCCAGAUUUAAAAAAUAUAUUGCUGAAAAAUCAUAACUUUCCAAUAAGGCCUGAAAAUCCACGGCAAAAUUUAUAAUUAUGUCUCCAGUAAUUAAUAAUUUCAAAAAAUUCUUGCCAUAAAAAUCCACGUGUUUUUUCCACUAAAAUUUGCUCUAAAACAUCUACUUUGGUUUUUGGAUUUGAAGUUUCACGCCACAUAUGUUUCAUGAGCUCUGUUCCUGUCUGAAUCCAAAAUUUUGUAAAACAAAUAGUUUUUCAUUGCAAUCAACUUAUCAUUUAUCAUUACUCAUGUCAAACUUUAAAACAUAUAAAUCGCUCACUUUUUUUUUCUUUCUUUCAACAUAAUUUCAAUGUCUCCGAACUGGUAUCUCUUUGUGUUUCCGGUCAAAAAAAGAUAGCAAAACUAAACUAGAAAAUGAAUGAAAAUGAUCCAAUUUUCAUUCUUCUAAAAUGUAUUACAUUUAAUGUUGUUUUUUGCAGUUCCGCAAAAUGCUCAAUAAAGAGCUGUCGCAUUUUGCCGAAUCGUCGAAAUCUGGAACUCAAGUCUCGAAAUUCUUGAUCACAACUUAUAUGGAUAAAGAGGAAGAUGAACCGUCGAUUGAAAUCGAAGUUCCUGCAGAGGUCAGUUUUCUUUUGCAAAAAAAUGAAAUUCAAAAGUUUGAAGUUUGAAACCACUUCCGUUGCAACAAUCUUUGUUUUUGUUAUUAUUGUUGUUUUUUUUGUGGUUAGCGUAAUCGACCACAACAAAAAAAUUUGUUACACAUACAAAUAAAAAUCCCACCCCUUUAUCAUCAUCAUAAUAUUAUCUUCUUCUUCUUCUUUUAAAACCAGUAGUGAUUGCGACGAGAAUUUUUUGCUUCCUAAAUAUUUCUUUUUUUUUCUUCUAAAUAUUCAAUAUGAACGCUCUUAAAUUUGAAAAUUCAAUAUCUCCAUCCAAUUCUGACAAAGAGAAUCAGGAGGAGGAAGAUGAUAAUAAUAACAAUAAUAUUUUAUAUGAUGAUGAAGAGGUUGGCACUAUUUUUGGUUUCCUCCAGAAAUCUCAUAUUUCUUUUUUUCAGGGACCAUCAACAUCGUCACCCCAAAUGACAUUGUCUUUGUUGAAAAAAGCACAGACGGCGGCGAUGAAUCGGAUUUCUGGCGUUCGCAAAUUGCGAGCACCAUCGCACGAAGGACAUUUACCUGAAUAUGGUGUCAAUUGUGCGAAAGAGAUUGCCGUUUAUAUGCAGAGAGUUAGUUUUUUUCUAAAAUAAUUUGUGAUUCGGGGACAGCAAUAGCGCUCUAUUGAACAGAUAAUUUGAAAUUAAUUUUUUCAAAUAAAUUUUAUUAUCAAAACCUACUUAGCUUAAGUCUGGAAAUGAGUUAUGACGUGGCACAAAAAUGUCAGUUUCAGCUACCGAAUUCCCAUUUUUGUAUUAUCCGAAAAAAACCAGGAAAUUGAAUUUGAUUUCAAACCUUUGACCUUCUAAUCUAGAAAACGGUAUCAUUAUUAUCAAAAACCGCUAGACAGUUUUUUUCUAGAAAUUUACGUUUUACGAUGAUUGAUGAUUUUAUUUAUUUUUAAAGAAAUUUUUGAAGCACGUGAGAUAGUUUUCAUCAUACUUAUAUGUAUUUCGUUUUUACAGAUUGAUGAUUGGGGUCCAGAUGUGUUCAAAAUCGAUGAACUUUCCAAAAAUCAUUCGCUAACAGUCAUCACGUAUACACUUUUACGAAAACGCGGGUUGAUCAAAGCGUUCGAAAUUCCCAGCUCAACACUUGUCACAUAUUUGCUCAAUCUUGAACAUCAUUAUCGAAACAAUCAUUAUCAUAAUUUUAUUCAUGCUGCAGAUGUUGCACAAUCGAUGCAUGUUUUAUUGACUUCUCCAGUUCUAGCCGAAGUUUUCACAGAUCUCGAAGUUCUGGCUGCUAUUUUUGCUGGCGCAAUUCAUGAUGUUGAUCAUCCUGGAUAUACAAAUCAAUAUUUGAUCAACUCAAAUAAUGAGCUAGCAAUUAUGUAUAAUGAUGAAAGUGUUUUGGAACAACAUCAUUUAGCGGUUGCAUUUAAAUUGUUGCAAGAUUCAAAUUGCGAUUUUUUGAUGAAUAUGUCAAAGAAACAACGAGUACAAUUCCGAAAAAUAGUGAUAGAUAUGGUAUUGGCAACUGAUAUGUCAAAACAUAUGUCACUUUUAGCUGAUUUGAAAACAAUGGUUGAAGCGAAAAAAGUGGCUGGAAAUAAUGUUAUUGUUUUAGAUAAAUAUAAUGAUAAGAUACAGGUUUGUAAUUAUUUUGAGCUAAUUUAUUCUGUAUUAUUGAUUUUGUGAUUUGUAGGUAUUGCAAUCAAUGAUUCAUUUGGCUGAUUUGUCAAAUCCAACAAAACCAAUCGAACUUUAUCAACAAUGGAAUCAGCGAAUUAUGGAAGAAUAUUGGAGACAAGGUGAUAAGGAAAAAGAAUUAGGACUUGAGAUUUCACCAAUGUGUGAUCGAGGAAAUGUGACUAUUGAAAAAUCACAGGUUAGUUAAUUAGAACUUUGAAAAUGUUUGCAAAAAAUAAAAUUAAUCAUCAACAAAUUAUUUGUUCUUUUAAAAAGAUCAACAAUUUCCGGCGGAUGUUAACCAAUAAAAAAGAGAAGAAACACAUACAAAAAACGAGAUACGCUAAUUUGAUAAGGCCAAAAAAAAAGAAAAACGAAAAUUAUGUGAUUUUUAAUGAGACAAUAAUUUAUGUAUUUAUUUUUUGCAGGUCGGUUUCAUCGAUUAUAUUGUUCAUCCGCUUUAUGAAACAUGGGCGGAUUUAGUUUAUCCGGAUGCUCAAAAUAUAUUAGAUCAAUUGGAAGAAAAUCGUGAAUGGUAUCAAUCUCGAAUACCGGAAGAACCUGAAACUGCACGAACUGUUGAAGAAGUUGAAGAAGGCGAAGAUUUAUAG